AUGCCCUCAUACCCCCGCGGCCUGAGGAGCCCUGUGGCCGUCACAGAAGUCCCCGUGACAUCGACGGGAAGCCCGGUCGUGGACGGUCCCGCCAUGCAGGUGACAGAUGGAUCGGGAAGACUGGGAAACAAUCUGGCUUUCAUUCUUCGUGGAUUGCUGUUUGCCAAACUCACAAACCAUGCAGUUGUGAACUUGAAGUUGGACACCAAGUCUUUGCGGGAGAUUUUCGACGGGAAGGCCGUUUUGCCUCUGGGCAGCUCCAAAGUGGAGGGAUCCCGUUUCUGCCCUGAGAAGUCGGACAAGCGCCAGUUGGGAAGGCCUGUCUACAACUUCCAGGGUGAAAGAUGCAAAGGAGCCAAAGCACAGGACUACCGGACCAUGGCGCUCGAGCAUCUGCAGCAAGCUUUUCUCCCUGAGUUCCGGCAUUGUCUCUUACAGCCCUCUGAAGAGUCAGAGAAGGAGUUAACCAUUCACCUGCGUGGCCAGGACCUUUGGGGCCUCGCCGAGCACGAGCUCACGUCCGACAAGCCCAUACCAAUGGAGGCUAACGCGCAUCAUUGGCUGUGGCACCAGCCGCCUUGUACGAUGUACCGAAAAAUCAUCGUGGAAGAGGGUUUCACCAAAGUGCUCGUGGUGACAAGCCCGGACCUGAGACAUGUCUGCAUCGAAUGGCUGAAGUCCAACGCCGUCAACCUGGGCAUCGAGGUCAUCGUACAAGCUCACAGCUUGCGAGAGGAUUUCUGUGCAUUGACGCGAGCUUCUAACCUGGUCCUUUCCUUCUCUACCUUGGGAGACAACGCAGCAGUGCUGAAUCAGAGGCUCAAGAAGCUAUUCUUCAGGGAGUUUGCACAGACGCAACUCGCUGCAAGACCUCACUUUGAUGUUUGA